AUGAUAUGCAGUUUCUCUGUGACAGAAUUUUUGCUUGUUAGAGAAUAUAGAAGCAUGUCAGCAGAUUCGGAAUGCCUGCUCCGACCAUUGAGUGUAUCUUCUUGGUACGAGGAACACAAGGCCGAGUUUGCGCCGCCCAUAUGUAACCGCUUGAUGCACAAGAACCAGAUGACGGUCAUGUUCGUGGGCGGCCCGAACAAAAGGCGGGACUUCCACUUAGACCGAGGCUCCGAGUUCUUUUACCAGCUGAAGGGGAAUAUGAAACUACCGAUCAUUCUGCCUGGAAGCGAAGACAAGAACGAGCUACGAAUAGUGGAAAUCAAAGAGGGGCAAGUGUUUCUCUUGCCGGGCUGCGUGCCUCACUCUCCGCAACGGCCGGAGAAUGACUCUCUUGGCAUGGUCGUUGAGCGGGAGAGGUGUUUGUGGAGAGUUUUUUUCGCUGCAUGUCGAUGAUUUGAAGCUCGAAUUUUUCCUAGCCUUUUGGUCCGGGGAUCGGGCUCCUCUUUCUUACUGUAGGUUACGUACCCUGAGGAGGUAAUGCUUUUCUUGUCUCUUUUCUCUCCAGGUAUGACGACGAAGUUGACGGAUUACGGUAUUUCGAGGGUUUUGAUUUUUUGAAAGACGAGCAUGAACCUGAAAAUUUAAACGUGGACACCAUAUUGUGGGAGCGAUUCUUUAUUAUGACUGGAAUAGGUCAAGAAAUAGAAACGGGCGGUGAAGACACAAGAAUAAUGCACACAUCAACUGUCUUCCAGUCGUGGGAUCUCAGCUCCUCUUAUUUCUAGCCUCAAGAUAUGACCACCUUAAUAGUCGAUUGUCGCUCGCUGGCGGACGACUUGGCGCCUGUAGUUCGUGCUUUCAACGCUAGCGAGGAGAGCAAGAGUAAUAAAGCGGGAGACAACGUCUUCAGCUGGAAAAGGUUACGAAGAGGAUUGAAAAGCGUUAGCCACGUGCUUGUGUCAACGUCAAGGAUUUUCUUCAACUUCUACUGUUGAAUGCCGUAAUCACGAUUUGCAUCUGUGCCCAUCUAAUGUAGGACGAUGCAUCAUCCACCAUCGACCGAACGUUCGAGCCGAAAUUUCCGGUGAAUCAGAAAAUCGCUGAUGUACCGACGCCCUUCUCCCUGAACGAUUUCAUCAGUAAGCAUCGUGCGGAGCUGCGUGGCGGAGCAUCCUUGUCGCUCUUUGGAGAUGCGCAUCCGGACAAGGAGUUCACAGUUCUAGUUGGCCUUCCGAUCGAAAUCGAUGCAGCACAUGUGGAAACCUGCGUGUUGCAGGUGGAGGGAGAGACGGAACUUGCAAGUGUUAUCGAGGAGAGCACGAUUAUGCGUGUAAAGAAGGGCGAGUGUGUCGUGCUUCCCGCAUAUUCAAAAUGGAAAAGAGUCCCGGAGUCCUCAGGUGGCCAAGAAUCUCAAGGUGAAGAUAGUCCAAUAAAUGUUGCGCUACUGAUCAGGGUGACGCCGCGAAAAAAUGCGCAAUUCUAUGGCUACGGAAGUCCCGAGUAA